UCGUCCAACCCCGGAGGCACGCCUGUUGGCGGCUCGCAGUUCUACGCGUUGACGCCCUUUGACCUGCGUCCUGCGCUGACGGUGACGCUGGCGUAUGACGUCUUUGUGCCUGCGUCGUUCGAGUACGUACAGGGCGGCAAGCUGCCGGGCCUGUACGGCGGGCGCGAAGAGUGCUCGGGCGGCGACGAGGCGGCCGACUGCUGGAGUGCACGCUUCAUGUGGCGCACCGACGGCGAGGGCGAGGUGUACCUCUACGUGCCGCAGGAUCGCCAGGAUCCGUCCAUCUGCGACGUGCCGCCAAAGUCGGUCUGCGACUCCUCCUACGGCGUCUCGCUCGGCCGUGGGUCGUUCCACUUCACCCGCGGGGCGUGGACCAGUCUCUCACAGACAAUCUUCCUCGGCUCGGGCACCAAGCCCGACGGCUCGAUCCGCGUCAGCGCCAAUGGCAAGCAGGUGCUGUCGUUCAACAAGGUCCUCUACCCGUCAGCGCACAAGGGUCUCUUCUUCUCCACGUGA